CUCUUAUUAGUCUGCAUUCAAGUCUCAACUCUACCCUUCAAAGCACUAAAAUCCCAGACGCAGGACAGAAUGGCUCGAUUUUGGGACAGUAUCAGCAGCUCAUUCGGCCGUGCCGUUGGCUUUGAAGUCUACGGCGCCGAGAAUGAUUAUCCUCCCCCCACAACAAGCGGGAAGCGCAAGGCCAGCGAGCCACGACGCUCGUCCCGAUCCCACAAGGCUCGGCGCUAUUCCGCUUCAAAUUCCUACCGCAGAGCACCGGGUACCUACACUACCAUUGCUCAGGAAAAGAAGGUUGGACCAAGAUACUUGGAGAAAAGACAACAGCGGGUCUCUGACAUCCCUGGAGAAGAAGAAGCAGAAGAGAAACCUCUCGUCAUAGGCUUCGUCGGACAUAGAGAUAGUCUUGAUCGCCGCCCUUCGAACAGGACGCGCAGGCGACCAUCAACCCCAUCCAGGCGUCCCUCAACAAAGCCAGUCCAGGAGGUGGAUGGAGAUCAAUUGAGCGGUGUGGCCGGCGCCCUCAAAAACGUGUUUUACAAGCUCACCGGUACUGGAAGAGUCGAGUCGACAAUGCCCGCAACCACCGAAGCAGGCGUACAAGCCCAACUGCUCGCAGAGUACCCAGAUGAAGAGAUCGAGGCUCGCUACCUCGCUGAGUUUCAACAAGAUGAUUACGACGAUGCAAAGCUGAGUGACGGGGAGCUGGGACUCAGGUAUUUUGGGCCAGCGCCUUGGGCCAAGAACCGGGAUAAGUGGGAUGACAUAAUGAAAGAUAGUCCUCGGAUCAAAUCUUAUCCGGGAAAGACUGUGACAAAGACGCACACGACAACUAUACUCAAUCCAACUGCAGCCAAAGUAACGGCUCUCAAAUCUCAUUCGUAUUAUCCGGAGCCUUCCAUAGAGGUUGACUCAGUCGCUCGAAAGAAGCCUGAGAAGAGUCCUGUCAAACCUGCUGUUAAGCCUGAAGUCAGGCGGAAGAUAAAACUCCCUGUCAAAGCCCCGGUCAAGCCUGCCGACAGACCUGUCAUACCCGCUGUCAGACCCGUGGUCAAACCUGCUGUCCAAUCCCCUGUCAAAAUCGUUGACAGACCUGUGAAUGCCCCUUCGGUUGUGGGUACCUCUCAAGUCGAGUCAGACACUUUGAAGAAGCCCACUAAAAAGACUGUCACUCAAAACGCUGUCAAGCCCAUUAAAAAGCCUGUAAUUGAGACUCCCGAGUAUAUCAAGGAGUGGACAGAGGCACCUUAUGAGCGACUCCGCACCAUCUAUGAGGACUAUCCCACAUCGUAUCUGGCCCAAGCUCAAAAUGAGCUUCAAGAGCCGAUGUAUGCGAUCCGCGAUGUUGAGGUCCGCGAUAUGAUGUGGCAGAUUCAGGAUGGGGUAGAAGAAGUGGCUGCGCUCUUUCAGGGCACUAUACCGUUGCUUCUGAACAGAGAGAAGUCCAAGACCCUCACACGGAUAUAUUCGGACCGGACCAUGUCGACGUCGCGCGUCUUGAAGGGCGUGGCGGGCAAGGGAUGGACUGCCGAGGAAGACUGGCAUGACGUUUUUGCCAGUAACGGGAAGAGACGAGCACUCAUUUGCGGCGUCAUCGGCAACGUACUCAUCGAACAGGUCUUCAAGCAUCCUUUCUUUGGCGGCGAUAACCGCAACAUCGACGCGCUCUUCGGCCUUCAGAGAGAUCUCCGGGCUCAGGAUGCUUUCAAUCGUAAGCAUCAAAGUGCGAGGCUUCUGUCGUCCCUGAUCGUUGGAAGGAAUCUGAAUAAUGAUCCCAAAGAGCCCAAGACCAUUCUCCAUCCCCCGGAAAACUUCACCACACACGUCGACGUCGUCGUCACCGCGCUCGACACACACCUCCGUCCCCUCCUCCUCAACCUAUGUAAGUUUAGGGACCUAUCCAAAGAGAGAACCGCCACCAUCCAUUGGUCCUUCAUCGAAGCCCUCACGCGUCUCGUCGGCACCGCGGGCCUCCUCUCCCUCCAGAUGGCCGUCGACCCCCUCACCGUAUACUACCACGUGCCCGUCGCCAAGGGCGAGUGCUUCUCGCACACCCUCCACGAGGCGUUCAACAACGACGAGAUGGAACGUACGCACCCCCGGAGUGCGGAGAUGGUUUUCCAGUCGGACGAAUCUAGGAAGCGUGCGAGGAAUGACGAGGCGGUUGUAAGUAUGGUGUUGAUGGAUGGGCUUACGGCGUAUCGUGCGGGUGGGUGGGAGGCACCGGGGAGUAAUCCGCUUUGGGAUGGGGAUGAAGUUGUGGGGAGGGUGUAUGCAAAGGACGAGUAUGUGGGGAAAGGGUAUAGGGGGAGGCUGUUGACGCCUGGGUGGGUUUUUUGCAAGUGGGAUCGGGCAAAGGGGUUUGCGUGA